AUGGCAGAAGAGCACCAAGUCGAAGAUGGAAUCCAGCAGUAUCAUCAGCCAUUGCAUCAUCAUGAGGACCAGAUUGCCAUUGGCAAUGGUCUCGAUCAUCAGGGGGCAGGAUCGUUGAAGAACGAAAGACCUGUGGACUCUUUUCCGGCGCUAGUCCCCUAUGCUUCCUGUGGCAAGGGGAUGGAUGCCACCAGUGUUCACACCAAAUCCACAUGUGCCGAGACCAAAAGUCUUUCCGACAGUGGGUCUUCGUUCAACGCCUUUAGUAGGCGGAGCAGCUCUGUUUAUGAUGGGUCUACCUCCUCUUUUGCCGACAUGAACACUACCAAUCACAGCACCAGCACCAUUGGCACUGCCAGCCGUGGAUCAUUUUGCAAUCCAGCUGCUAGCCGUGGAAACAGCCACCCAACCAGCAGUGCACGUUACGGUGAAGCCAUGUCUGCUUCGUGUAGUGGUCGCCAUUAUGGAGGUCGAGAGAGCCGUCCACAUCGAGAAUACACUGUGAGGCGCCACCAAGACGAAGACCAUUUCCUCCCCAACAGAACAAGAUGCCACUCACCGGACGCCCACGAUUCACCCCUCUUUGGAUCGUCGCGAUGCCGCGAGAGCCUGGACGGCGAAGGAGACGGAAGCAAGGGGGGUGAUGGCAAACCACACCACCAAUGGAAGCGCGGUGCCUUGAAAGAUGAUGGGCUUAUGCGGGACAACUCUUUGGAUGUAGACGACCUCUACCAGCUUGGACGCCGUGGCGGUGAACCGCAUAGACCACCGGAGCCACCUCGGGAGUGGUAUUCGAGAUCUAGCCCUACCCUCGUGAGAUCUUCUCCGGUCCUGGAACAGCGGUCGAGGUCGCCAAGAGACCCUGUCCUCGAGCGAUCCGGGCCAUCGAAGCGGUCCAUGAACAGAUCUUCCCCUGAUCACCAUGCGAGUGCCCGGGUUCAUUAUGGCGAUAGUCUCGAUGAAUCGAGCCACAACGUCUCAUCGGACAGCAGUAGCUCCAAUGGAAGGAGCGGUGUCACUCAGAGGACAAAGCGAAGCGGAGGAAGCCCGAGUUCCCAAAGACACACGUCCUCGAAGGACACCCGUUCGGAACGAGGGCAGCGGCGAAGAUUCUUGGAGCAGACCGAUCGCGGUUAUUCGGGCAGCUUUCACGACGAGCCCUUGGCCUGUGGCAUUCCAAUAGAGCCGAAAGUGCGCGAAACGCAUCGAAAGAACUACGACGACCAUCAUUACACCGAUGGCCCCCGGAUGGGUUUCGCAAGGAAUCCUCAUGGACGUUCCGAGACGCACCUCGGAGCUUCGUUCGAUCGGUCUCCGCGCACUGCACAUGCGCGACAACAAAGCGAAAGAGGAUUCAAUACCUCGCCGAGAUAUGCUGCAAUGACCACUGCAAGACUUGAAUCUUUCAGUCAAUCAAUGCCGUCGCUGUAUCCGAGCGUGACUGAAGAUUGCCUAUUGGUUGGUGACAGGCCCUACCGGUAUGGGGUCGAUGAACCUCAUGAUGUACCGGGGAGUCGACCCGCCGGGAGUGAAAGAGUAUUCUCUGUGCGAGAGGGCAGCAGAAGCCGAUCUCCACCCAUCGCGCCCCAACAUCACCGAUACGAAGGCCCAAACAGGGCCAUGUCGGGUUCGGGCAGCAACGAAAGCAGCCAAAGUCCUAAUCUUGUCAUGCCAACAACACACAUUGACAGCUCGGCAACAGAGUCCAGUGGUCUGCCCGCACUACGGCAACAUCAACGCUUGAAGGAUCCUCCACGCCCAACUACUAGCGCAUCCACAGCAACGCCCACGCGGCAACAACAGCAGCAAGAACAACAACCAACACUGCUGGAUACUUCAGAGGCCAGGGAACAAAUAGAGUACAUUGAUAUCGCGCCUGGUGUGCGAGCCGCGCUACGAAGUGCGAAAGAAACCAAAGCGGCGAUUGUCAAUGACUACUAUGUUCCCAAGAUUUGCUUUGGUUGUUCCCUUGACUUGUUUUGCAUCCAGGAUGUGGAGUACUUUGUGUGUCCGGUGUGCAAGGUUGUCAACCCAAUGGGCGAGAACGAGGGAGUGCGAAAUCAGGAAGACUUUGCACCAGCUACGGAAUCCAUAAAGAGGAAGAAAUCCGGGGCGGCGAUGGGCUUCACCUUUGAGUCUCUAUUUGAAAUGCAAGCAGAGAUCAUGAAGGCAGAGGAAAGCUCAUCUUUAGCGAGCUCUAGCUAG